AUGAUCCAAGCUAGUCUAGGAAUAUUUAUGGAUUAUGCUGUCCUGUCUCUCUCUUUUCAUGUGGAGCCUCUCUCUGUGGUACAGAAGCAGGGCAGUGCGGUCCACCUGCGCUGCACAGCGCGUCCAGCCACCGCCAGAAUCAGCUGGCUGUUUCAGGGUCAACCACUAGACCCUAGCCACCAGUCUGGAGUGGAACUUAGUCCAGGCUCCCUCUCGCUGUCAUCUCUCCAACCGGAAAUCACGGGGUCCUACCAGUGCUUGGCUCAGUCCGAGACAGGCUCCAUCAUCAGCCGGCAUGCACGAGUGCGCAUUGCAGAUAUUGAGAGAUUUGCCGAGACCCAUCGGAGGACAUUUACUGUAAAUAAGGGGGAAACUGCUGUUAUCGAAUGCCCACUUCCUCGCAGCAAUCCAUCUGCUCUGCCACGCUUCCGGAUACGGGGGAAAUGGCUGGAACAGUCUACAGACGAGUAUUUAAUCCUGCCCUCUGGGAACCUUCAGAUUGUGUCAGUGUCUUCAGAACACCAGGGCAUGUAUAAGUGUGGUGCUUAUAACCCUUUAACCCGAGAGACUCAAGUAGAGGCUCAUGGCACUAAACUCAUGGUCAGAGAUUCAGAAGGCCCUUCACCUAUAAGGAUCGUCUAUCCCGUCACCCCUCACAAUCUUACAGUGGACCAGUCUGGAUCUCUGACCCUUGAAUGUGUCAUAUCAGGAAGUCGUUCUUCAAAGGUCAAAUGGAUUAAAGAUGGGGCGGAGCUUUCUUUGAAUUCCAAAUGGAUGUUGUUGCAAAGCAACCUGGUGUUGAAUGAUGUUCAGCUGAGUGAUGGAGGACAUUAUUGCUGCUCUGUUCUGACUGACCGUGGAGCUGUGGUCAGUGUCAUCUACACUGUGAAUGUGCUUGCGCAAGUAAGCGUCCUGCAAGGUUUGUCAGAUCAGUCUGUGACUGUAGGCUCCUCUGUAAGAUUUACCUGUACUGCCAUUGGUAGUCCAACCCCCAACAUCACAUGGCUCCUCAACUCCACCCCUCUUGCUUCUUCACCCCGCCUCCAAAUCGCUGGCCCCUCCCUUCACAUCUCUUCAGUAAUGGUUCAAGAUCAGGGAAUAUACCAGUGCCUGUUUGACAAUGGAAUUAGCUCUGCACAAUCGGCGGGAAGACUCAGUGUCCAAUCAGAACCCCAGGCUAGUUCCAUGUCUGGAGCUCUCAUGGAGACGCAGCCUUCUGUCCACCCUAUCCAGAGCGAUGAGGGUGAUGAACUGUUCCCCUCCGUGGGGGAGGAGGGGAUUGGUGAAACUAUAGGACCGCCCAUCGAGAGAAUAAGCGACAAAGCUACGCCAGAAGCACCAAUCAUAAUCAGCCCACCACAAACGCACAAACCCAACAUGUAUGAUCUAGAGUGGCGAGCAGGUCGGGACUGGGGCAUCCCUAUCAAUGCAUACUUCGUUAAAUACCGCAAGGUGGAUGACAUGGGUAAUGUAGUGGGGAACUGGCAAACGGUGCGAGUGCCAGGCAGUGAGAAGUCCCUGCCCCUGUCUGAGCUGGAGCCGUCCAGCCUAUAUGAGGUUCUGAUGGUGGCCCGCAGCGCUGCAGGAGAGGGCCAGCCCGCAAUGCUGACCUUCCGCACUGGAAAGGAGAGAACUUCCUCCAAUAAGAACCCCUCCAAGGCUCCAAUUGUGUCCCUUCCAGAGAAAGCACUGGAAGAUAAAACCACUAACACUUAUUAUGGAGUGGUCAUACAUGACAGAGUUCCCGAGGCCCCAGACCGCCCAACUAUCUCUAUGGCGACAGAAAGCUCUGUCUAUGUCGCUUGGAUCCCACGAGCCAAUGGUGGCUCUCCAAUCACGGCCUUUCGCGUGGAAUACAGGAAGCAGGGCCGAAGUGGAGACUGGAUCAUCGCGGCUGAUAAUAUCUCACCACUUAAACUGUCUGUGGAAGUGCGCAACCUGGAACCAGGUACCACAUAUCGUUUCCGUGUCAUUGCCAUGAAUAACUAUGGUGAAAGCCCUGCUAGCGCCACCUCCAGGCCGUACCAGGUCUCCCUGUCGAGUCCACCCGUGUCAAAUCGUCCGAUCACUGGCCCUCACAUCUCUUCCACUGACGCAGUGAGCGAUACUCAGAUCAUGUUACGCUGGACUUACACUCCCUCCAGUAAUAACAACACACCCAUCCAGGGAUUCUAUAUCUACUAUCGGCCAACAGACAGCGACAAUGACAGUGAUUACAAGAGAGAUGUGGUGGAAGGCUUCAAAUUCUGGCAUUUGAUUGGUCAGCUCCAACCUGAGACAUCCUAUGACAUCAAGAUGCAGUGCUUUAAUGACGGCGGCGAGAGCGAAUAUAGUAACGUCAUGAUCUGCGAGACCAAAGCCCGUCAGCCUCCAGGUGUGCCCAGCCAGCGCCCCAUAACCCCUCCAGGAUUUUACCCCGUAGAUACACCCAGCCAGCCGGGCGGCCUGCUCUACCUGAUCGUGGGCUGUGUUCUGGGCGUCAUGGUGCUCAUUCUGCUGGUUUUCAUCGUCAUGUGCUUGUGGAGGAACCGUCAGCAGAACAGUCUGCAUAAAUACGACCCUCCAAGUUACCUGUACCAGUCUGCAGAGAUGAACGGCCAUGUUCUGGAAUAUUCCACACUGCCUGGCUCCAGCCAUGUGAAUGGAAGCGUGCACACGGGCUGUGGACACAGCGCUCCCAUGAUGCCCCAGGCCUGCCAUCACCUCCACCACAAACUGCCCAACGGUCUGGCUUUGCUGAAUGGAUCAGGAGGCCUCUACCCUCCUGGGCAUCCGCAUGCACAUGAUGCAUCUCUGCCCCACAACACCAUAGAGUAUGAUCACUCACACCCUCAUCACCUUCAUAAUGGUGGAGGGAUAUACACGGCUCUGCCCCAAAACGACUCGUCAGACUGCAUGAGCUGUCAAAACUUCUGCAACAACAACAGGCCCACUCAGGCUCUUAAUGAUGGAGAGGGGCUUGUGGCCUGUCAACAAAGUGUGUCAGGCUCUGAAUGGAUGAGUUUAACUGCUUCUCAAAGUUUUGUGGCUCUGCCAAGCAGUGGACACACUAGAGUGAGUUUUACAGCUCAGCUGACCUGCCACCGAGGGAGCAAGAGACCCCGUGACAUGGCGAGACCGGCCUGUGUGCGUAUAUGCACCAACCACAAAACCCUGGAGAGGGUUCGCUUGUGUUUCGGUGGAGUGGUUGUGAAGCGGAAUGCAGGUUCACUUCAGGGAUCGUGCACGUCGGUGUGUGUAUAA